AAUAGCACAUAAACCUUCCUGAAUCAUGAUGGAUGAUGACACAGAUAUUGCUGUUGUUGGCAUUGGAUGCAAUUUCCCUGGAGGUGAAGGACUUGAAAACUUCUGGCAGGUUCUUCUUCAUGGAAAAAACUGUGCUGUCCAAAUACCAAAUGAAAGAUUUGACCUCUCUCAAUGGUACGAUUCAGAUGACAGUAAAGCAGGAAAGACAUAUACAGCCAAAGCAGCACUUAUUGAUGGAUUAAAUGAGUUCGACCACAAGUUCUUUGGCAUUACUGAUGCUGAAUCGACGAACAUGGAUCCUCAGCACAAACUUUUGCUGCAGUGCACCUACAGAGCACUGGAGGAUGCUGGGAUACCAAUGGAAAAGGCCAGUGGAACAAGAACAGGAGUGUUUUUAGGCCUAAUGAACAGAGACUUUGAGUUGGGAAGUGUGAAGAUUAACCCAAAGCUCAUAAACCACUCCUCUGCUACUGGUUCAUCAAUGUGCAUAGCUGCCAACCGUAUCUCCUACUCAUUCAACUUUACUGGUCCAUCACUCUCCAUUGAUUGUGCCUGCUCUUCAUCACUUGUUGCCCUUCACUUUGCUUGUCAAGCCAUCAGACAAGGUGACUGUGAAAUGGCUGUGUGUGGGGGUGUGACUUGCAUAUUGGAGCCAACAGUCUUUGUGGCUCUCUCCAAGGCAAAGAUGAUCUCAUCUGAUGGGACCAGUAAACCUUUUAGUAGCAAAGCAGAUGGAUAUGGCAGAGGUGAAGGCUGUGGCGUUGUUCUGCUAAAGCCUCUAAAAAAAGCACUCCAAGACCACGGUCAUAUUUGGGGCAUCAUUAGCAAAACAGCAGUAAAUCAAGAUGGCCACACUGUUAGCCCAAUCACCAAACCAUCUAUGGUACAGCAGGAGGAGCUGCUUAGAAAAAUCUACUCAGCAUAUACUGACCUAAGUAGUGUACAGUAUAUUGAGGCUCAUGGGACAGGGACACCAGUUGGAGAUCCAAUAGAGGCGGGUAGUAUUUCAAAAGUCGUUGCCAAAGCAAGACCCCGUGAAUCUGGACCACUCCUCAUUGGUUCUGUUAAGAGUAACAUUGGACACACAGAAUCUGCAGCAGGUGUUGCCGGGCUCAUAAAGAUUCUCUUGAUGAUGAAGCAUGAAACCUUUGUACCGUCAGUGUUUUACUCAGAAGAAAACUCCAGCAUAGACACUAAAUCUCUCAAUCUAAGAAUCCCCACUACAACAGAGAAAUGGGUCAGUAGUCAUAAUGCAGUAAGAACUGCUGGAGUCAAUAAUUUUGGGUUCGGUGGAACAAAUGCACAUGCAAUUAUCCAACAGUAUGUUCAGCCAAAAAAAACAAGAGCUCAGAUUGAUAAAUCACAUCAGUUCUUGGUGCUCUCUGCAGCCUCAGAAAAGUCCAUGAAAAAUGUAAUUGAAGAUACUGCAAAGCAGAUUAGUGCUGGGACAAUAUCGGAUCUGCAAGUUUUACUGUACACAUCUGCUUGUAGAAGAAGUCACUUGAAACACAAGUACAGGAAAGUAUUUCAGACAUCAUCUUUGACAGACCUGAAAGGGACACUUACUGCUGCUCUACAGAAAAAGCUGGAACCAUCAAAGACAGACUCCAAGUUAGUUUUUGUGUUUUGUGGGAAUGGUGUAACUUACCAUGGUAUGUGCAGACACCUUCUAAAAAAGGAGUCUCUUUUCAAGGAAGUCAUCAUGAAGAUUGACACUCUGAUGCAAAGUUACACAAGUUUAAACCUGAUGGAAAAGUUAAAUAGUGAAUCAAAUGAUUUUUCUGACCCAAAGGUUAUCCAGCCCCUGCUGUUUGCUGUUCAGGUUGCUAUUGCAAGCCUUCUGAAGCACUGGGGCGUCAGUCCUGAUGUUGUUCUUGGGCACUCUAUUGGAGAGGUUGCUGCAGCUCAUUGUUCUGGUUUGUUGUCACUUGAAGAUGCAGUCAAGGUCAUCCACUACCGCAGUUCUUUGCAAAGCACUGUGACAGGAGGAAAGAUGCUGGUUGUCAGUAAUAUGGCUGUGUCUGAAAUCUUGAAAGUCAUUCCAUCUUAUUCAGGAAGGGUUUGUCUGGCAGCUUACAACAGUCCACAGUCAUGCACUCUUUCAGGAGAUGCAGAUGAUAUUGACAGAUUGCAUCAAAAUUUAAGCAACUCAGCCAGAGGAAAAGAUCUUUUUCUCCACAUUCUGGAUGUACCUGCCGCAUAUCAUAGCCACAAGAUGGAUCCCAUUGUAUCCAGAGUUAAAGAGAAUAUAGGCUUAUUACAGGGACACGGUCUAGUGGCAGAAUUGUUCUCAACAGUGACAGGUGAAAGUUUGCGCUCCUCAGAUUUUACUACUGGUGAAUACUGGGCAAGAAAUAUCAGAGAACCAGUUGCAUUUGAACAAGCAGUGAGGUCAGCAGUUAAAAACAAGAGGAACAUAAUCUUUGUUGAGAUUGGCCCAAGAAGAUCUUUGCAGAGGUACAUCACAGAGACUCUGGGAAAUGACAUCAAUGUGCUUCCCUCAGUGCAGCCUGAAAAAGAUCAUGAGACAGUGCUUGCUACUGUAUCCAAAUUGUUUGAGCAUGGAGUAAAAGUGGACUGGGAAAUGUUCUACAAAGGUUUUGAGACUGAACCAAUUCCUUACCCACGGUAUCAGUUUGAUAAUGUGAAGAAAGAUGUAUUUUCCUCUGAUUUCCAGUUGGUUGGGUCUACCAGCAACCACCCAGUAAUUAGACAACACAGUGCAGACAGUUCUCUGUUUAGCUGUGAUUUAUCAUCCGACUCUGUAGCCUUCCUGCAGGACCACAAACAUAAUGGUGUUGCCAUCCUCCCAGGAGCAUUUUAUGCUGAGUUGGGCCUAGCAUCUUUCAUGGUAUUUGCAAAACCAAAGGUUCCACUCAGUUCUCUGCAGCUCAGCAUCACAUUCCAAAACCCAUUUGUAUUCACUCAGAAUGCUCCGGAAAUGAAAGUACAGAUGGAUCAAUCAUACAAUUUAGCAGAGAACACAUGCAAUUUCAAAAUACAGUCUACUUCUGCAAUCUAUGCAUCUGGCACAGUAGAGGUAAAACCAAACAGAGUACCUGAAGAACAAUUCAUUUCCCUGGACACUGUCUUCAAAAGAUGCACAAUGAUGAUGAGUUCUGAACAAAUAUACAAGAAUCUUAGUCAUGUUGGUUUUGACUAUAGCUCUGUCUUCAGAAAUAAGACAGAUGUUUAUUGUGGGGAAGAAUUUAAAGAGUGUUUAUCUGUUUUGAAGAUUCCGAUGGAGUUAUUGCCCCAGCUACAUGACUAUUACAUACACCCUGUUGUCUUAGAUCAUGUCAUGCAACUUAUUCCUACAACUAUGAUUCAUGACCUUUCAUCAAGACCUCAAUUUCCUGCAAAAAUAGGUAGCUUGACUGUUUAUGAACCACUGCAAGAGAAGAUGUUUGUGUAUUUGAAAGCAGUACACAUGGAAGAAGAUGGUUUUGAAAUUUGUGGCUGUUUAACCAACAAACAGGGAAAGGUUUUGGUUGAGCUCAGGCAUGUAUGGAUCAGAAUGCUAGGUAGUCACUAUCGGGUAGUUGAAGAAUACUUCUACCACAACAGCUUCACUAUCAUCUCUGAAGAAGCCACGUUGAAUACAUCAAUCAAGGCACUGGUCUUUACUGAUGAAGUAGGAUUUUUUAAAGGUUUGCAACAGUACUUGCACCCAGCUUCUAAAUAUAUAAGUACAUCACAAAACAAAACACUCCUAGAAUGUGGACUUGAACCUGUUUUGUCAAAACUGAACAUUUCAAGUAUAAAGAAAAACUUCCAGGAUAUUUUGUUCAUUUGGGGAAAUGCAGAUCUAAGCUCUUUCAAAUCAGAGAUUAUCUUAGACAGCAUGGCAGCAUGUUGUGAGAUUUUCAGAAGGAUCAUAGCAUAUCUUAAAGCAGUUAAAUUUCCAGGUGCUAUCAGAGUAAUUACCAAUAGGUCCUCUGAGAGCCUAGUGGACCACAUCAGUCCUGGGUUUGUGUUGUUGGGCAUGACAAGAGCAUGUGCAGCUGAGCUGCCAGAACUCUCCUUUCAGCUGAUUGACAUGGACUCUGCCUCUUCUAAAGACAUCAGAACUUUGGUUCAGGUCCUCAGUUCAUACCCUUGUACAAAAUAUCCAGAGCUGGUGGUGCAGGACGGUAAGAUUCUGAAACCUGAAAUCACCCACACACCAUUGCCAAAAACAGAAAUCCCUAAACAAAGCAUUCAUAUGUGGAAUGAUGAAACCUGUUUCUUGCAAACAUCUGAUCCAUAUGACAUGACAAACAUAUCAGCAACUCAAGUGGAUAAUUCCAUUGAACCAAUAUCUGGAAAACAUAUUGAAGUUCAUCUCAGUAAAAUUUGUGUGCAUUCAUCUGACUACUUUCCGGUCAGCACCUCCGACUUCACUUAUGGCCAUACAAUGUAUUGGGACAGGCACACAACUCAACACCAUAAGCUUUUAGCUCUUGAUUUCAGUGGAAUUGUUACAGCUGUGGGAAAAGAUGUAAGGAAACUGAAAGUCGGGGAUGAAAUUGUGUGUUGUUAUCCUGCUGCUGCAAGAUCCAAAGUUGUUCUUCCAGCAGCUGUUUGCUACAAAGCAAAAAAACUUUCAUUCCUGAAGGACACCCCCUGUGUCUCCUUUAUAGUACUGGCCUGGGAGAUCUUGCAUGAGGUUUUACCCAAAGCCAAACAAAAAAAACUGGGAAUUUUCUCAACUGUUCCUGACUCCUCUCUGAUAAAGGUGUUAACAGCUACUGCACACAGAUCAGGUUGGAAUGUCAAAGUAAGCACAGAGGCAAAUCAGAUUGCCUUUGACUUCAACGAGGUUGAUGGAACCAUCCUCAUUCCUCCAUAUAAUAAGGAGGUAAUUGAAACAGUAAACAAUGUCACUGUCAUCAAAGAUGUUGUUCUUGUCUAUGACAACCAGUCAAAUUUACCAGUAGAUCCAAAAACUUUCAGAGGUUCAAAUGAAGUCCACAUUCAUUAUCUCUUCAUGUCCCAAAUAAUGCAGCAACAGUAUUUGCAGAUACAGAUGCCACAAAUCUACCACUGGCUGAAAUCUAUGCAUUUGGACAGAAAGUCUUUGGCUUUGGACAUGACAACAUUUCAAAGAGUAAAAUCUCAUGACAUUGAUAUUUUUUCUGUGAAAGAAUCUGAAUCAUAUUUUACACACCAGAUUCUGCCCAUUAUAACACUGAAUGAUGCUAAGAACCAGCUGUCAGACAUUCCAGUGUUGCCCAAACAGAAUCUUUUCCAGAAAGGAUCUGUCUAUAUUGUCACAGGUGGCCUUACAGGGCUGGGAUUUGAGACAGUGAAGUUCAUUGCUCAGAAAGGAGGAGGGAACAUUGUCAUUUUUUCUAGGAGUAAUCCAAACCCUCAGAUUCAGCAAGAGAUACAGAAUAUCAGUAAUAAUUAUGGGUCUGUCAUUAAGUGUCUACAGUGUGAUGUUUCCAUAUCAGAGCAAGUUCAACAGGCAAUUGUUCAGAUUGAAAAACGUUUUCCUUCCAGUCCAAUCAAAGGAGUCUUUCACAGUGCAGUUGUCCUCCACGAUGGGCUUAUUGAAAGUCUUGACAAAUCUCUUUAUGAGAAAGUUAUGAGACCAAAAGUAAACGGAGUGAUUAACCUUCACAAUGCUACUAAACACUGCAAUCUGGAUUACUUUGUGUGUUAUUCAUCCAUCUCUGCCUUUAUUGGUAAUGCAUCACAGACAAACUAUGCAGCUGCUAAUACAUUCCUGGACUCUUUCUGCCAGUACCGAAGAAAUAUUGGACUUCAAGGACAGUCAAUCAACUGGGGGGGUUUGAAUCUUGGCCUUCUGUUGAACAAAGAUCAAUUCAGAAGAUUUCUAGAAGCAAAGGGAAUCAUGCUUAUGGAAGUCCCAGAAAUUAUUGAAAGUCUUGAACAGUGCCUCACGAUCAACAAACCUCAACAGGUUGUAUGCAAGUUCAACUUUAAAAACAACUGGAAUAAUGUCCUCAGUCAAAACAAGUCUUUGAGUGCACGGUUGUCCAGACUAAUAGAAGAAGAGGUGAGAAAGGCCAGAAUGACCUUAUCCAGACCGGAGCGCACCAUCAUAUCACCACGUGAAUAUAUGAUGUCAAUGAUCAGUGAAACGACUGGCAUUGAGACAGACGAGCUAAAUGAUGAUGUUCAUCUUGUUGAUGUUGGCAUUGAUUCAAUGUUAGCCAUGACUCUUCAAAAUCAUCUCUUUGUUGAUAAAGCUAUUAAUGUCCCUCUGGUCACUCUACUGGAUCCAAAUAGUACACUGUCGACUCUCAUCAAAAUUCUGGAAGGGAAUGAUGUAGAAGGACAUCAGGGUAAAGAAGAAACCACAUACCUUUAAUAAUGAUUCAUUGUCCUGUAUCCACCAACCCUGAAUUCUUCAAUCUUUAAAGUAACAGUGUUAAACACAGGAACCACUGACCACUAUUCAGGUCUGAAUAUAUCUUUAAAUUUAUCCUUCAAGUGUAGUGCAAAAUAUAUCUAUUUAGUGGAGACAAAUAAUAAAAAUGUACAAUUAUACUAUUCUAACAAAAUCAGCACUUGUAUCGACCACUAGGUUAUCAGUAGUAUGAUGUACAAUGAAAAUUGUUUGCUGAACAAUGUUUAAAGUACUUAAUUAAUUACAAAAACUGUUACCCUUUAAUGAAGUAUUUGAUUUGAUAUAUUUGACACUGUCUAGACUGUUAAAUGUGUACUAUGAAUUAAUUAAUCAACAUGAUGAUAUUAACAUGAACUUCAAUUGAUCUUAUAUACAGAAUGUUGAGCCAACAUGAACCACAGUGCCAUUUUAAUUGUAAUAUUGGUGGCAUUAAACAAGUUAUUAACUGCAUUACUUAAUCAUGUUUGUUUAAGGUAAUGAACGGUACAGAAAGCUGCAUUGUCAUGAUAUUGCUUUAAUUUGAUAAUGUUCUUCACAAGCCAUCUUAAUAAAAGACAAAUUACGUCCA